AUGGAGGCCGGACAACACCCGGAGCAUGGUGAGGGCGAUGCGAGUUCGUCUCGUCGCCCAGGGGGAGGGAAAGAGGGGAAAUGUCGUGGACAGGAACAAGCAGAUAAGAUGAGGGGGGAGGGACCAGGCGCAGAGGCGGGUUCUUCAAAAUUCGGCGACUCUGUGAAGCCAGCGAAGAAGCCCGCACGGAAGAAAAAGUUCGACAAAAACAGCGCCGGUGCAGUAACUUUUAGACUCGUCCCAACUUCCUUCGCUGAUCCCGAGGCGCAGCAGUCUACGAGCUCCCAGAAAAUGGCUCUGCAACGGGUCAUUCCUCCCAAUGCCCUUAAAAAGAAUCGCUUCCGCGAAGCCCUCCCCAACGAUCUUCUGCGCGUGCUGAGUCCCGAGGAUUUCGGGAUUCAUGCGAACUUGAAUGAAGACGAUCGGAAAGUUCUGUGCGACCAGAUCUACGGCGGCGAUGAGGCACUCUCGCAGGCUGCUCAGGAGGCUCUCGCUGCGAAGUCGAAACAGCAGGAAGAGCGGCUGAAAGCUUGCGAGGAAACCCAACCUACACUUGAGGAUUUGGAUGGAGACUGCUACUUUCCCAAGGACGGCUAUGACUACUCGCAACAUCUUGUGUCACUCGGCGGCGGCAUCUUGAUUGACCACGUGGAGACGACGGCAGAGAAGCAUCGGAAUGCUCGGCGAGAAAAAGAAGGAGCGCCGUCGCGCUCCAGAGAUGAGCGCCUGGUUUUGGAGGCGCUGGAAAACGCAGAGGAGUACGAAGAGCUUCUUGACGAUUUCGUUGCCACUGCGAAGGAGUCUCACCCGGCGGGAGGCGACCAGGACGAAGCGGAUGAAGAGGUGCUCUUGUGGGGAGAAGAGAACUUGAAGAGCGCACAGCUGUUUGCGAUUCGCGAACGGUUGGCCGCACUCAGACUCCAGGACGCAGAUGGGAGUGAAGACGAGGAAGAGCUGCAGGGGUUCGGAGAGCACACAAGCGAGGCUGUGAUGCCAGCGAGCACAGCUGAGCAGAAGCGACAGGACGAAAAGUUUGACAAAAUCUUCGAGGAAUACAACGACGAAUUCAUCGGAGAGGUUGAAGCGGAAGAAGUGGGAGACGGUGCCGAGGAGUUUUACAUGAGCGAGUUGGAUGACGCAAUGGAUGAGUUUCUUCACGACCAAGCUCGGCGGCGCAAAAUCUGCAUCGAGAGCGCUUCUCGGAAAUACCGAGCGAAGCAUCCGGAAGAGAAGAAACGCGACGACUCGAGCGAAGAAGAAGGCGAUGAAGAGGAAGAAGAUGAAGACGAACAAGAGGAGGAGGAAGAGGAAGAAGAGGAGGAAGAUGAAGAGGUUUUGGAACUUUUUAAGCCUCUGGACGCCGCGGAAAUCUCCCGCAUCAAAGAGUUGGCGGCGCGUCAGCAGGAGGAAGACGACGCAAAGAGCAGGGAGGGGGAAGAGUGCGACUUCUUCACCGUCACCGAUCUGGAGCAGCGAGCUCAGGAAAGGCGCUGGGACUGCGAGACUGUCCUCACAACGAAAAGCGUCUCCUCCUUCGCCCCGACGCGUAUCGCGCUGCCGCCGCCCCACAUCCUCAAGCAGCAGCUGCGCCGGCUUCGCGAGGCCAAAGAAGGCGCAGAGACGCCUCCGGCCUCGCGACGACGGGACCUGGAGGCGCCGAAGGCUCAGGAAAAGAGUCGGUCUUCGGCGCUGUCGCCUGUGCGAGAAGAAGACGGGAAACGAGAAACUGCGGACUUCGUCGCUUUGGCAGGCGAAGCCUGGGAAGACGCAUGUAUUGUGACGCUUCGACCGAGAGGGGAGACGACGGAAGAACGGAAGGAGAGGAAGAAAGCAGUGAAGGAGGCACAGCGGAUGGCCCGUGUGGUGAAGAAACAAAACAAACAGCUACGGAAAGACGAAGAGAAGAAGCUGGCGGAUCGGAAUGCAACAUCGAACGCGUAUGAUGUGCGAGAAGGCAUCCGAUGUGUGCGGCUCUGA